AUGGUCGUCUGCUGGCAAAGAAUUGUUUUUGGCUUGUUCCUUCACUACACGCUCCUCUUGGCUCAAUGUCCACCACUGGGUUCAGUCUUGCCAGCUCCGACCGGUCUGAGCCAGAGUUCGGUAUUUCAAGAGCUCGCCACGCAGAUCAAUGCACAGUUACAGAAUACUAGCUCUACCCUCAACCAGACCGCUGUCUCGAUUGGAGUGCGCAGUCUCCACGACUCCGGCCCUCUUGUGAACUUCCAUUACACUCCGUCCAAGUUCAACACCACUGGCGUGCACAAGGUCGACGGGAACACCGUUUACCGUAUUGGCAGUACUUCCAAGCUCUUCACCGCUCUUAGUAUCCUUCAGCUGGAAGGGAAGGUCAAUCUAUCCGAUUCAGUCACGAAAUACGUCCCCAAACUUGGCGAUCUUUCCGGAGCCAACAAAAGCCUCACAAAGGUGGAUUGGGAUUCGGUCACUAUCGAGGCAUUGUUGAGUCACAUGGGCGGAGUUCCUGCGGACCUUUCCAACAGCGCAAUUCAAUAUGUCCCAGGUCUUACUCAAGAAAUUGGGCUACCACAGUUGCCGCAGUCUCAGCAGUCGCUUCCAUGCGGCGAUGCUCCUGGUGAGCCAGGAUGCACCUGGGAUGUGUUCCUCAAUAACAUCGGCCGGAGACCUCCAGUGUAUCGACCAUUUACCACGCCUGUCUAUUCCAACGUCGGCUACGCAGUCCUUGGUCGCGUUAUCGAGAACGUUAGUGGGAAGACAAAUGCAGAGUAUCUUCAGCAGAAUAUCAUCAACAAGGCCAGCAUGAACCGUACUACGAUAGGAAGCCCUCCCGCCAGCAGCCUUGGUUUCAUCCCAGCCGAGUCGAACUGGUGGGGUAAUUCUAUUGGAUACGAGGAUCCUUCCGGCGGUAUCUAUGCGAGCAACAACGACCUCCUUUCUUUCGGCACGGCAAUCUUGUCCAACACUCUCCUCGACUCCGAACGAACGCGUACAUGGAUGAAACCCGUCACUUUCACAUCGUCGAUGGGUGUCGCCGUCGGCGCGCCGUGGGAAAUCGCUCGGGGACCCAAUCUCACCUCCUGGGACGGUCGAAUCAUCGAUUUCUACACCAAGACCGGCAAUCUGGGCGACUACACGGCCAUCCUCGUGCUUGUGCCGGACUACGACCUGGUCCUUGCCAUGAACGUGGCAGGUCCGGACGGCACUAUCGGAGUCAUCCAGGUCAUUUUCUCGGCGCUCGUCCAAACCCUCAUGCCGGUCGUCGACCAGAUCGGGAAGAGCCAAGCUUCCCAGAAGUUCUCGGGCACGUUUGCUGCUGCUGCUGCUGCUGCGAAACAAAACUCGAGCCUCUCGAGCCUGGCGUUGUCGGUCGACGACAAGUUUGGUGGACUGCUCGUGUCGAAUUUCUCGGCCAACGGCGUCGACGUGGCCAAGGGGUUCUCGGCACUGAACGGUUACGACCCCGCGCAGGAGCCGACUACCAUCCGCUUGUACCCUACGAAUUUGAAACAGGGCAACGAGUCGGCGUGGCGGGCUGUCUACACGAUCGGCACGGCUGAUGCGCAGCUGUUCUUCCCGCAGGGCAGUUGCCAGACUUGGACGGAGAUCGAUCUGACGACGUACGGGUUGGAGGCUCUGGAUUACUUUGUGCUGACGGAGAAUGAGAGUGGGAAGGUCGUUGCCGUGGAGCCCAAGGCGUGGAGGCUGGUGUUGGAGAGGGCGGAUUGA